AUGGCCCCUCGCGCACUGGUCCGAAGCUUUCCACGCUCUCUCCUUGGGACCACUGACAAUGCCGAGACCUCCCAGAGGGUGCUGGAGCUCCUGAUUGAGCACUGGCCCUGGCUAUCAAGUGGUUUGCACCAUGUCAGCCGAUCUGUGUCCGUAGGAAACGCACCACAGUCGUUUGCUGAAGCCAGCCUCUAUACCUACCGGUGGAAUGCAAGCGACUUCGUCGACCGUCUGAUCCCAGCUAAAGAGGUCUUCGAUGACCCGGUUCUUUCUUCAGAAAUCAAACCCUUUCCGCACCUUCUGGCGGUUGUGGCUUUUCAGGCUUUCUACCGCAUGUCCUCCCAAGCUCUGGCCUUCAGCUUAGUUCUCCUUCCAUUUUCUUUUGCUGAGAAGACCAAGGAGAACACCAAGGACUAUUCGAGGUAUUGUCUUUAA